AUGGCGGGCUCAUCUCUGCCACCUCUAUUUCUCCCUAUUCUCUUGAUUCUCUGCUAUGCAGCACUCCCAACUCAUGCCUUCGGUGCUGGUAACAUUGCUUCCAUCUCCAAGAUUGAAGGAAUGAACUGGCGUCAUGGAGAUAUCGAAGAUACUCUGCUUCAACUGAUGAUGGCGCGUGCUCUGGGUGGGAAGAAGUUUGACUCCAUGACCAUCAAGCGCAUCUACUUUGGAAACUGGUUAAGGGACUACUCCCAAGCUAUUGAUGUUGGCGCGCUCAAAUAUGUUGAAGCACCAACCAUCCGGCUUCUUCUUUGGAUGCUUUCAUUCAUGACGUUUGGGUACGGAACUGGCGCUUUUGAAGUUACAGAGGAAAGACUGGGCUGCUAUCGUCCUGAGGAACACAUUGACAAUCCAAAGGACUAUGCCGAUAACUUGGAUGCUCGCGACUAUGACCAUCGUCUCCGCGGUUUAAUCGACGAAGAAAUCGAACUUGCUAUAGAUCCCCAGACUGGUAUGAAAAAUUACAUCGCCAAUGAGCACAUCCGCGAACUCAAUAAUGGGGAGAGGAUGUACACCAGUGCUGGACUUGUACGCGAUCUCUUCCGACGCAGUAUCGAGCUCGGUAGAAGAUAUGGAAGAGAUAAAACAAACAAGGCCGACAAAUAUGAGGCUCUGAGGUUGAUGGGAACUGGUUUGCAUUGUCUUGAAGAUUUCUCUGCACACUCUAACUACAUCGAGCUUGCCCUAAUUGAAAUGGGAGAGAGGGGGGUUUUCCCGCACACUGGCUCUUAUACAGAGCUUGAUGUGAAUGGAAGAAGGGUCUUUCCUCUUGUGACUGGAACCUUCGGUGGCGUCGAUUUUCUUCACUCAGUUUUGGGUGGUCAACACUCUAUCAUUAGUGACCUUCUCAAAAAACUCCCAAUUGGUGGUGCAGCAGAUCUCGAUUCCCAGGCUACAGAGCUUGAGGAGAAGUCAAAGCUGCAAGCCGAGGCAACCCAACGUGGCGAGCCUUACGGAAUCAAAAACAGCGAACAACUGAGAACAGAUAUUUACCCGUUCCUUGAAUGGCACGACAAGAUCAUGAUGGCCAUCAACAAGGCACUGGAGUCAAUUCCAGGCCUCACUACGAUUGUCGAAAAGCUUUCUGAGGCGGUCAGCAUCUUUGUGUUUUCAUUGAUUGCACCAUUUCUUAUGCCGAUUCUUCAACAAGUAAAGAUCGAGCUUUCUACAGGAUCCAGUGAAGUCAUCGGAAGUAGUAAGAACCUUCAGUUUGUUGUGUUUCACGACCAUUACUCUAGCAACCCUACACACAGUAUGCUAUCGAAGGAUCAUUUCACAAAUUGCUUGAAUGAACCCGCUGGAAAGAUUGCAAGCGAAGUCAUCAAGUACGUCGUCCCAAAGCUCAUGGAUGCCUGGGAUGACGAAUAUAUGGACAUUGAACCCCUACUCAACGACAUUGUCGGUGUAUUCCACCACCCUACCUUUGCCCAUGGAGGUGAUGGUCGUGAUGGUAUUGAGGGCAGACAACGAAUGUUCGGCGUCGUUCAGCAAUGGUGGGGCGAAAAGAGCGAGAAUGAGAGGCAAUUUUUGAGAUACUGCCUUUCACGUGAGGGCGUUGAACAAGGCAAGAACCACAAAGAAGGUCAGCACGAUUCCGGUCAUGGAUGCGGUGCGCCAAUCCACAGAGUCAAACCCAAAAACUCGGGUGGUGAGUUCGGCGUCGGGGGAGACAUGGGAGCUGCCAUGGGAACAGCCCUCGAGCAGGCAUUUACUGGUAACCAGGGUGGCGGAGGAGGCUCGGGCUUGGGCGGAUUAUUUGGAGGAAUUGCUGGCGCAGCUGUGUCAGGAUACCUGGCGCAGCAAAUGGGAGGUGGUAGUGGCGGGGGAGAAAGUCGCUCGAGUGGUUUUGAAGAAGUGAGGGAAAGAGGAUUUGGAGGUGGAUAUGGUGAGCGGGAAUCAGGUUACCAGCGAUCAUACGACCAGAGUGGUGGGGUAGGGACCUAUCAACAAUCUAGUUACGAGCGACCCGUGCCUCGUGAUAACGCGUACCUCCAGAGCGAUUCAUAUGGUUCUGGAGAAGGCCGCCAGUACUACGGUGCAUCCGGGGAGAACGAGUCCUAUGGCCAUGGGGGAAACCACGGACAAAGGGGUUAUGUGGCCCAGGAGAGUUAUACACAAGAUGGAACAUCUGGGUAUGGAAGAGUUGAUUCUUUUGGUACUGGCAGACCGUAUGGAGGGGGGAAUUACGAGCAAGAGGGCUAUGGUCAAGGAUAUGCUGGCGGAUAUCAAGGACAGGCUGCAUAUGGAGGUGGCUAUAGUGCUAACACGGGUGGAUAUAGCAGCCAUCAAGUUUCUUACAGCUCGCAUACGACCCAUGAGACUUCCUCACACGGUGAAAGAUCUUACGAAAGCCGCGAACAGCAUUCACACCACGGCCACCACGGUGGGGAAUACGAUCAUUCUGAAAAGAAACACCGCUCUAGGAGACACGAGGAAGAGGAGGAGGAGGAGGAGGAGGAGGAAGAGGAGGAGGAAGAUGAGGAGGCGAGACGAAAGAGGGAGAAGAAGGAGAGGAAGGAGUUGAAAAGGCGUGAGAAGGAAGCGCGCCGCAGGCGUGAACGCGGCGAGGAUAGCGAGGAAGAAGAAGAAGAAGAAGAAGAGGGAGAUGGGGAGGGAUAUUAUGAGAGUGGAUCUGAGCGCGGAUAUGAUAGGCGCAGGAGAUAUUCUUAA